CGGCGUCGUCGCGCGCGACCCCACAGGGCGACGUGGAGGGCCCGCCGGAGAACGUGCGCGUGCUCUACGAGACCCCGAAUCGUCUGCGCUUCGGCUGGAGCCGACCGGACUGCAUGAAGGCGAACGGCGCCAUCUAUCGGUACGAAUACGAACUAAACUCGACGGAGCCCGUCGCGGCGACGUUCGCGAGCGCAGAAACGCACGCCGAAUACGUCGACUUCUUUCGGCCGCAGAGCGACACCACCUACGCGUUCCGCGUGAGAGCGCUGAGCGCGACCGGCGCAGGGCCGUACAGUGACGUCAUCACGCGGACACUCGGGGAUCCGGCAUCAGCAACGAGGCGUACCACGCUGACCACGCAACCUGUGACGUCAGGUCCCUCUACACCGACCCCACGACCUGUGACGUCAGUUCGCGUUACGCCGACCCCACUACCUGUGACGUCAGCUCCCAUCACGCCGUCCCAGCGACCUGUGACGUCAGCUCCCAUCACGCCGUCCCCGCGACCUGUGACGUCAGUUCCAUCUACACCGACCCCACGACCUGUGACGUCAGUUCCCUCUACACCGACCCCGCGACCUGUGACGUCAGCUCACGUCACGCCGACCCCACGACCUGUGACGUCAGCUCCCGUCACGCCGACCCCGCGACCUGUGACGUCAGUUCCUUCUACACCGACCCCACGACCUGUGACGUCAGCUCCCGUCACGCCGACCCCGCGACCUGUGACGUCAGUUCCUUCUACACCGACCCCACGACCUGUGACGUCAGCUCCCGUCACGCCGACCCCGCGACCUGUGACGUUAGUUUUCUCUACACCGACCCCGCGACCUGUGACGUCAGCUCGCGUCAUGCCGACCCCACGACCUGUGACGUCAGCUCCCGUCACGCCGACCCCGCGACCUGUGACAUGUGACUGCUCGGACUCGCUUGGUGUAAAUGGCUAG